CUGUUGGCCUAUACGAAUUAUAUCAACCUGACCAUAAAGAGUGAUUGAUCAUGUGAAAAGUGUUUUAUUAUUCACGGCCAAGUAUCAUUCAAAUAUCAACCUACUUCCGUCUUAAACAGUACUGGUUUGUUGUUAUUAUGUAAUAUCUCUUCACUGUGUCAUUAAUUUGACAAGCGAGUCUGCUCAGUAUCUUUUUUUAUUCCCACCUAUAGCUUGUGAUCUGAAGUAGUUCUGUGAGAGCUUGUGGAUCCAUGGACCGUGUCGCUAAAGCAGAAAAAAUGGAGAUGAGCACCAAGAGGAAGGCAGAGGGUCACCUGAGAGCACCGAACCAACCCCACAUCAUGAAGUGUGGAGGCUCCCAGGCCGAUUCAGAGAGAGACUCCGGGUUCUCAGAUGCCAGCUCGGAGCACAUGAGCACAAUGGAGACGACGGACUCGGAGGAUUCACCCCGGCCUGCUGUACAGCAAGGAUCACCUGGUUCACGCCCCUCUCGGGUGGCUGUGGUGGGAGGCUCCUACUCUGGACUCUCGCCUAUGAUCAUAAUGAACAACGUCUUACUCAAGCAGCCUGCAGAUAAUCCUCCUGCUCUGAAACCCUGGGGGUUCAGUCCUGCAGUGGAGGUGGUGCAGCCUGUGGUCCAGCAGCCUCAAGUGGUUUUUCUCCAGCCUGUGGUGUCCCGCCAAGCUUCGGCCGCCUCCUCGAGGCACAGACGCUCCAGAAAGUAUCUUCCCAUUCUGAAGUCCUACCCUAAGAUCGCCCCACAUCCCGGGGACAGCUCCAGUUCUUCAGGAAGAGGAACUGCUUCCUCUUCUUCUUCUUCUUCUUCUUCAGGGUCAGAGAGAUGUAGCACUUCGACCUCCAACCUUUGGGACCACUGUAACCGAGAGAAGACCCAGAGAACUCUCUGUGGUAGCACCCCUGGGUCUGCCUCUCCUGGUCUUCCUGGUACCCGCAGUGCCGCYUCCCCCCUGCCUCAGAGACUUACUCUCCCAGCAGCAGAAACCAGCAGCAGUUCUGUCGAGGAGAGGCCUUCCUCCGCCGCCAGCCUGGCAGAAUUUACAACUUCCUUGUCUUUCAAUCACGUCGCUAAUUUCAAAAACGAGACGCUCCCUGUUCCCCAGGCCGACACGCCCGAUGUCCUCUCCCCACAAGAAUGCAACGCAAACGACGACGACUCCGACUCGAAGAGGAAGCGCUUCUGCAACACCUACAACAUACUGAGCAAAUCUGGUCUGCUGGACAUCACGCUCCGCACCAAGGAGCUCCUCAGGCAGAACCAGAGCACCCAGAGCGACCUGGACCGGCUCAAAACGCAGACGGACCUCUUCCUGCAGGCCCUGCAGACUGGUGACGCCAGCCUGUGUGCGAAGCUGCAGGCCAGUCUUCAGGAGGAGGAGGAGAGGGAGAGGACURCUCAGAGCGGCAUCAAAGCUGCUCAGACCCACGCGAGUGUGCGGCAGUAAUCCUUCAGACUGAAAUAGAGAGGACCACYAUGAGGGUAGGCGUGUGUGAAAGAACAGUGCUCCCAGAACAAGCCCCGCCCCCAGACUGCUCUGACUGACAGUGGCCUACAUUCAGCUGCCGGUUGCCUUAGGGUGCUGACACACCAAGCCAACCUAAAAACAGUUAGAUCAGAAUAUUCUUUAUUAUUUUAGUGUUACAACUUAUUACACUAGUUYCUUUAGCAGUAAAUUAUUACAGUUUUUUA